GUCCAUCCGAAAACACACACACACACACGCACCUAAUGGCCGGCUGGCAGGGAGGGUGCUGCUAAGGGCAACAAGUUCUGUGUGUGUGUUAUUAGGUGUCUGCAGUUCUAAUAAAGGAAAGCGCUGCGUCCUUCACUGCCUCAUCAGACGGCUUUACUCUGCUUUGUCCGGCGGUCUGAUUCCUGCCCGUGGUUCCGUCAGUCCCGCUGUGGAGCUGGAUGUUUUUCAGCCUCUGGAUCAUCUGGAGAAGAGCACGUUUGGGACGGACCUCAACUGGGUUUUUCCUCUGUGUAACCAGGGUUUUGGAGAAUGAGUGUGUAGUGAGAGAUACGAAUCUUAAGAUCUUGGCGUGUGUACUCCACCUGGUCUGAAGUGUGUGCACGGUGUAUAAGUGAGAGAGAGUGUGUGUAUGGUUUUGCCCACGCCAUUGGAAAUGCUGGGGUGUCCAGCGAGGUUAUUUUUGGAUCAGUGACAGCGUGUCAAUGGCUGCAGAUGCGUCGCAAAGGAAGGCUCUGAGAUACCAACAGACCCUGCUGUACGGUGAGUACAGGGAGCAGCUGGGGAACUUUGCCAGGCGGGAGGCUGCCCGUUUGCUGACAGAGAGGCAAUGGAGGAGACAGGCGGGGGACAACGCCGCAGCCUCGGGCCGCAAAGGCCACGGCCGGCGGCAUCAUCCUCAUCAUCACAAUCACCCUGUGGCCCUGGAGUCACAUCAGAGCCACGCCUCAUCUACCAAGAAGCCUCGUCCCUACUCCAAAUGCCAAGAUUGUUUGGCCCGUGUGCGGCGGUACCUCGUGACCAAGAUGGGGGAGGACUGGAUUUUCCUGGUUCUUCUGGGACUGACUAUGGCUCUGGUCAGCUGGAGCAUGGACUACACCAGCGCCAAGAGCCUGCAAGCCUAUAAAUGGGUGCAUGGGGAGCUUAAGGGCAACGUGGCGCUCCAGUACCUGGCCUGGGUUACGUAUCCCAUGAUCCUUGUCAUGUUCGCCUCGCUCUUCUGUCACCUGGUUUCCCCGCAGGCCAUCGGUUCAGGUAUCCCAGAGCUGAAAACCAUUCUUAGAGGUGUAGUCCUGAAGGAGUAUCUUACUCUGAAAGCCUUCGUAGCCAAAGUCGUCGGCCUGACUGCUGGCCUGGGCAGUGGAAUGCCAGUGGGCAAAGAGGGUCCAUUUGUGCACAUCGCCAGUAUCUGUGCCGCUGUGCUGAGCAGAUUCAUGUCCAUCUUCUCCGGAAUCUAUGAGAACCCUUAUGGUUACACAGAUAUACUGACUGUUGGCUGUGCCGUGGGGGUGGGAUGCUGUUUCGGCACUCCACUAGGAGGGGUGUUGUUCAGUAUUGAGGUCACGUCUACCUACUUUGCGGUGAGGAAUUACUGGCGGGGAUAUUUUGCCGCCACAUUCAGCGCCUUCAUAUUCAGGGUGCUCUCUGUUUGGAACAAGGAUGCCGUCACAAUCACAGCUCUCUUCAAAACUAACUUCAGGAUGGAUUUCCCCUUUGACCUGCAGGAGCUGCCUGCAUUUGCAAUAAUAGGGAUCUCUUGUGGCUUUUUGGGGGCAUUCUUUGUCUACCUGAACAGACAGGUGGUUCUCUUCAUGCGGAGGCCGACUGCUCUCACACGCUUCCUUACCAAACAUCGAUUGAUCUAUCCAGGUGCUGUAACCCUGAUCAUCGCCACCUUGACGUUUCCUCCUGGAUUUGGACAAUUCAUGGCUGGAGAGCUGAUGCCCAGAGAGUGCAUCAACUCCCUGUUUGAUAAUUACACCUGGACCAAAAUCCAAGGAUCUCCUGCUCCGCCUGGCCUAGGGCGCUCCUCUGUGUGGCUGCAUCCUCGAGUCAGCGUCUUUGUCAUCCUCCUCCUCUUCUUCGUCAUGAAGUUCUGGAUGUCAGCACUUUCCACCACCAUGCCCAUCCCCUCGGGCGCCUUUAUGCCAGUGUUCAUAUUAGGAGCUGCUUUCGGUCGCCUCGUAGGAGAGAUCAUGGCCACUCUAUUCCCAAAUGGAAUCCUGUUUGAUGGGAUAGUCUACCGCAUCCUACCGGGAGGUUACGCCGUCAUUGGAGCGGCUGCAAUGACGGGAGCCGUCACACACACAGUUUCCACGGCAGUAAUCUGCUUCGAGCUGACUGGUCAAAUCUCCCACAUCUUACCGAUGAUGGUGGCGGUCAUCCUCGCGAACAUGGUGGCCCAGGGUCUGCAGCCGUCUCUCUAUGACUCCAUCAUCCAGGUGAAGAAGCUGCCCUACCUGCCUGAGCUGGCCCUCGGGCACAUCAGCAAGUAUAACAUCUUUGUGGAAGACAUCAUGGUGCGCAGAGUGAAGUUCUUGUCUUCUCAAUCCACUUAUCGAGAAUUAAACCAUCUGCUGGAGACCUCGAGCCUGAAAACCAUUCCACUGGUCGACUCUAAAGAAUCCAUGAUUCUCCUGGGAUCCAUCGAGAGAACAGAGCUCCAGGCCAUCUUAGACUGGUGGCUCUCACCAGAGAGGCGAAUGUUCGAAAGAGGUCAGAGUUCACCGGGCUGCAAAGUAAGCUGGGAGUCCUUCACCUUCGUCGAUGAGGAGGGCGGAGAGGAGGCCGCGGACAAGACUGCUUCAGUUCAGGAGGAAUGCAACGGGCCCAUCCCGUCCCCCAAACCUCGGGAGGCCUCCGCCGACGACUCAGGCUCAGACAAGCGCAAGCUGCCAUCUGUCAGUAGGGCCCUUCAGAGACUCUUCUCCGCCACGUCUUCGUCAGUCCAGAUGGAAACUCAGGACACCACGACCCCCAACCUGACUGACACCAUGUCACAAGAGGAGAUCAAAGCCUGGGAAGAGGCAGAGUUGGACAAACCAAUCGAUAUGGAGCAGAUACGUAUAGACCCCUCCCCGUUUCAGCUGGUGGAGAGAACGUCUCUGCACAAGACCCACACUCUCUUCUCUCUGCUGGGUCUCAGUCACGCCUAUGUCACCAGUAUUGGAAAGCUGGUGGGUGUCGUGGCACUGAAAGAGUUACAGAAAGCGAUAGAGGGCUCAACUCGUAGUGGGGUGAGGCUUCGUCCCCCUUUCGCGAGCUUCAGAGACGCCAGCAGGAAAUCCAAGAAGCACCAGCCUACCUCGUCCACCCCUUCCUCCCCCACUCGAGACAGAGACCUGUGGGGGGAGGGGAGCAGACAUGAGGGGGAGCUGGUGAGGAAGGAGUCCAAAGAGGACUUCAGAGGGAAAGCAUCAUCUUCCAGAGGAGCUGCCGGGAGUGACGACGCUCCUUCCUCCCCCAGCAGCACGGGGAGCACCAGCGGUGGCUUCACAGCCACAGGGGGAGUUGAUGACACUGCCCAGGAUCUGGGGUCCACCUCUAUCUCCUCAGCUACACCUCCUGCCUCCCCUGCGUCACCCACCAGCCCUGUCUUCACCCUAUCCUCCCUGCAGGAGGAGAGAGACAGCGAGGAGUCAGAUGAACCCAUAUAAGAGGACUGGCUUUAAGAGCAAAGACUUCAACUUUCUACUGAUUUUACUCCUUUUCCCCAGAGACAGCUGUCGUCUGGGUGGAGGAGUCGGGCCGACCUGCAGCCCUCAUCGACAUUCAGCUGUUAGCGAGCAGGAGGAGCAGGUGCACACAAUGCUCCUGAAACUUGUAGUACGGGAUAUUUUUCUACUCUUUCAAUAAUCUCAUUUUUUCACUCUCAGGUGUCUUCCUGUGUCUUUUGAACUGCAGAUGGACAAACUGUCCAGUUCUACAUAUCAAUUAAUGUUCAAUGUCCAUCCAUAUCUUGGACGUGUUGAAUGUAACUGUGCGUCACAUGUACCCAUGUCUGGUCAUUUCAUUAACUACCUUUGAGAAACAAUCAACUGACAGCAAUGAAUUGUACGAUAAUGAAAUAAUGUGUUGAUGAAGACUUAAUUAAUUUGACCUAGAGGUCAAAGAGAUCAUGCAUUUAAAGUUUAUUGAUUGAAGUUAAUUUCAAAUUAUAACUUACAUUUAUCAUAUAUUUGCUGUAUGGUAAAUCUUCAAGUCACUGUAAUUUAUAAAGAUAAUAAAUAUAGAAUUUGUCCACUAGUUUAUUUUAAUUAUUUACAAUAAAAAUGAUGCUAUAGCCA